CUGGGGCUGGAAGCGACUGUAGACUUCGGCUAGACGAGGAUGGAGUGACCUGUGACGGCCCUGGCCACGCAGACCCAGCUCGACGCUCCUCGCCCGCUCGCUCAGCAGAGCCGAGCCCUGCACUGCCGCUCCAGGAAAGGGCACGCAGCUCAGGAAGCCGCCAUGGACCGCGACGGCCCCGCAGGCAGCCCCCUGAUCGCUAGGAACGAGACCGCGCCCGCGGUUGCAGCCACCCGCGACUCGAGCCCGGGCCGGGCAGGGGCAGGACCGGCGGGCCCCGGCGGCGGUGCGCGCCUGGGGGGCGGGCGGCCGGCAGCAGCGAACGCUGCGCGGGAGCGAAGCCGCGUGCAGACUCUGCGGCACGCCUUCCUAGAGCUGCAGCGCACGCUGCCGUCGGUGCCGCCGGACACCAAGCUGUCCAAGCUGGACGUGCUGCUGCUGGCCACUACCUACAUUGCCCACCUCACCCGCAGCUUGCAGGACGACGCCGAGGCGCCGGCAGACCCCGGGCUGGGCGCCCUGCGCGGCGACGGCUACCUACACCCUGUCAAGAAAUGGCCCAUGCGAUCAAGAUUAUACAUUGGUGCUACUGGUCAGUUUCUGAAGCAUUCUGUGUCUGGAGAAAGAGCAAAUCAUGGCAGUACCACAACAGACUCACAGCCUUAGGCUCUCCUCUGAUGGGUGCUGGUAGAAAGUGGCGUCAUUUUUAAAUAGUAGGAAAUAAUUCUAUAUUUAUUACAUCAGACAUAACAAACAUCAUUCCUGAAAGUUCACAUGUGAAUCCAUGGUUGGAAGUUCAGAUUUAUCUGUCUAAUCUAUAUAAAUAUGGAUUUAAAUAAUUGGUCUUGGAUAAAACACCCAGCUUAUCUAUUCAUUGUGAGAGAUAGUCACUACUGAAUACUGUAAGAAAAACUAUUGGAAAAAAGAAAAACACCAAAAUCGAAGAAUUGUGUAUGUAUCCAGAGACUGUACAUGUUUUCUGUAGUAUAUCUAGUACACGCUGAGAAGCUGAUACCUUAAUAGUCUUGACACCAGUAUUCCAUUUUUGUGAAAACCGGUUUGUGCUUAAAGUUGGUCUAAGAAGCCAUUUCAGUUGGAAAGCAUGAGAUCAUUUAUUCAGUUCUAGCUAAGUACGUGUGAAAAGAUUGUUGAGAUAAUAUGAAGUUGCAGUAACUUCUAUAACUAGUUAUUUUUCCCUCUUAGAAAACUUGGAGUAUUAGAAUAGUUUGCUGUAUUGGGCAGGGCUUGGCCACCUUCCUAGAUGACUAUUAAAUAUCUUACUAUGUUUCCAAAUUGUGGAAGGCUUUGGGAAUCCCUGCAGCCCAGUGUGAAUAGCAGAUAAGUGUCACUGGGCAGAGGGUUUGUCACCCUCCUCCCUGGUUACUUCACCUCCAUCCCACCCGUGUUCAGGUCCUGGACUAGAUGAGCAGGUGCAGCUGCAGCCAUCUUACAGAGAGCCAAGCCUGUCAGGGGCUUCAAGUGAGCACCCAUGACUGUUGACAGUCACUGCUUUGGCUAGGCUCCUCCUCUCCCUUGUCAAUUGCCGUUCACAAUCUACCUACUUGGCCAUUACGAAAUAUGAAAAAACCGGGGUGCCUGGGUGGCUUAAGUCAGUUAAGCGUCUGACUUCUCAGGUCAUGAUCUUGCCAUUCAUGAGUUCAAGCCCAGCAUCCGGCUCUGUGCUGUCAAGCUCAGAACCUGGAGCCUGCUUUGGAUUCUGCGUCUCCCUCCCUCUCUGCCUCCUCCAUCACUCAGGCUCUGUCUCUCAAAAAUAAAUAAACAUUUAAAAAUUUAAAAAAAAAAAAGAAAUGGGAAAAAACCUGUCUGAUUUGGGAAUUCUGGCACUGAUCUGCACCUUGAGAGAGUCUGAGGACACAGAGUGACUACCUUGAGAUAAAUCAGGCCAGAGCAGACCCCACUGAAUCUGCCCCAAUUUAACCUACAACAGGAAGGUGCCCUGCUAUGGGCCUCUCCCACCACACUACACACCAAGUGCCCAGGGAGCUGCUGUUCUGCCUGAUUGCACCAGUUUCGGUUUUCAGCAGAAGCUUGAGGGUCAGAGCCAGAAAGUAGGAACGUUUGUCGGGGAACACACUGAAUCUCAAAAUAGGGUGUAAUACAGAUUUAAAAAAUCAUCAGUCUCUUAUGUCUUAACUCCCUUUCUUCUUUUUCUCCUCAGUCCUUACUAUUCCACUUUCCAACUGUAAAGUUCAUUUAUUUCUAAAUAACCCAGUGUUAAAGUAACUGAAUUUGAUCCAAGAUUAGCAAAUAGGUAUAUUAAUGGGCUUCUGGAAGUUGGAUUAGUAUAGCUGUUGACCACCAUUUUAUUUUCUCCUCACCUCAGUUUUCUUCUAGCUUUUGGCAGUGAAAUGAUGUGAAAGACCAUUUGAAGGCAAAAACUGUCAUUCAGUUGAUUCAGCUGAACAUGGCUCAUACCUGAUAGUUUGUCAUUUUCAUUACUUUAAUGUGAAUACUCCUUGUAAUGUGACCAAAGCAUGUCUUUAAAAGAGGAAGCAUAUAAUAAAAACUUUCUACAUAUAAAUAUGUUUACAUACUUAAAUAUUUGUGAAUAUAUUUACCCACUCAUAUAACAUUGAAAGGAAUAAAAUGUAAAAUGAGAUAUGAAUUUAGCCAUUCACUAUUAUAAGUUAUUGCCAUAAAAAGUGCUAAGAAUAAUCUUUUAUCUUAAGGAAGGAAAUCAAACUUCUUUAUAGUUACCUGAAACUGAACUCUAAAUACUACAUAUGAUAGCAAGAAUUUCAGAAAAAUGGUUUCAUUGCUAAUAAUAAAAAUAAUCUAUUUGGCUACAGUUGUUAAAGCAUUUAAUUGGGGGAAAAUAAUGACUUUUGUUGAAUUCAUCCUGUUAAAUAGUUAAGCUUCGCCUUUAACAUUACUACUUUUUAUUUCUUGUCAACUUACAAAAAAGAAAUGUUUUAAUGCCAAAGAAGUAUAUUUCUGUCAUAGGUUCACACAACAUUUCAUUAAAUUGCUAAAUAUGCUAACAACUUUUGGUAGGCUGGAAAAUCUCAAGGGAGAAAUUGCAUACUUUCACCCAAAGGUUCAAAGGAGCAUGCUGUUUUACUUAAUGGUGCAUGGUCAGGAUAAGGGUAUUACUAAAAUAAAGCAUUACUUUGAAAAUCAA